AUGGAGUCGCCGGCCGAUUAUCCAGAGUCCACGACGGACGGGGAAGAUGUGGCAUAUCCGUGCAAAGGAUGUGGAGAUAUCCUCGAGGAAGGGAAAGCAUUCGAACUUGCUGGCAAUCGAUGGCACUUGAAUUGCUUUCGAUGCAAUACGUGCGGAACCCUACUCGACUCCGAUGCGAACCUCCUCCUCCUCGGCGAUGGGUCCCUCAUAUGCAAUAACUGUACAUAUAGCUGCAGUGCCUGUGGCAAUAAAAUCGAGGACCUAGCUAUUCUUACUGGUGACCAGGCUUUCUGCGCGACUUGUUUUCGAUGUCGAAACUGUAAGCGCAAAAUCGAAAACCUCCGAUAUGCUCGCACAUCGCAAGGGAUAUUCUGUAUGAGCUGUCACGAAUCCCUCAUGGCACGGCGCAGGAAAAAAUCAAGAGCUGCGGCCAAAUUAAAAAAAGAAGACCUGUCACCAAUGCUGGUCGAUAAAUCUUUGCCUGCUCUUCCACCCAACGCUGCACCGGAAACUUCCUAUUCUCCCGACCAUGAAACCCCUGACUCCCAGGACGCAGAGACUCCGACUGAGCUGUCACCAAGAACUCGUCCAGGCGCUACACGCAAUGACUCUUCGUCACAAAAGAGUUCCAGGCGCGCUCGUGAGCAGUCGCCAGAGCGACCCUCGAGUGAUGCACAACCUGGAGAAGGGUUGACCCUUCCAACGACAACAUACCGCAGCAAUCGACAUUCUGCAGUUUCGCAGGUUUCAGACCUCACCGGUGGCGAUGGCGAGAGCUUUUUCAUUCCACUUGCCCUGGAUCCGAACCCUGCCCAGAGUAUGUCCCCACGCGCAACAUCGGAAAGUUGGGCCGAUCCAGCGAUGCGAAGCAAGGAGAAUAAGCCACCCGAGAAGGACCACUUUGGGACCAAGAGUAACGGGAGAGCCCCAUCUGAGGUAGCAAGGAGAGAUUCAUCGACACCGCAUACACCACAUAUCGCCUUACACGACAGAGGCCGACAAGCAUCCACAGACGAGGCGGCUCACAUCAGGGACAGCCUGCGAAGAGCUGCUGCAGGAGGCAAGUCUUCAUCUGCGAAGGCAUCGCCGGCCAUCGGUAGUGAUGAUAUCCGAGUACAACAUGCGGCGCAUUCAUCGAAGCCCUCGAAUGCCAACGAUAACAAGAGCCAGAGUGCAAGCGAGAAAUUUCGCUUAGGAGAAGCUCCGAAGGGGAAGAAGGCUGGCACUCCAGGGAGUCUCAAUUCCCCAACGGAACUCAGCGACAGUAGUAAGACACUUCGAUCUUCAAGUUCGGCAUAUUCUUUACCGCCACGGACAGAUUCUUAUGCUAGUACCGCGAAGACCGAUGCACCGAAACAAAAGCUUAACAACGAAAAGAUUCCAACACCUCGAUCUUCCCAAGACUCGAGAGCAAUUGAGGAAUUCGAUUCUUGCAGAUCUACAGAAUUAAACAAACCUCCGGUCCAGAUCGAGCGAAUGGACUCGGGUGCUACCGGAAGAUCGAUUCCCCGCAAAGAGAUUGCCCAAGGAGUGAUGAAGAAGACCAUGAGCUCUGUUGGUUCAUCUUCCGAGACAGAAAGCUCACCUUCAUCGACGUCUUCCGAUGCUUCUGGCCUCACGUCAACCGUCAAUGGUAAAACGAUCUCGGGUCCCGUGUCGUGGAAAUCUUCAGCGGACGACCUCGCGCCCCCAAGCCGUGCCCCAAAUCGACCUGUUCCUCCUUCACAAAAGCCCAGCGACUCCUACAUGACCCCCAGAGCACCGCCAGCACCGCCAGCGCCUCCGGCACCUCCGGCAACUUCUCCACAUUUGGCCAAAGAUUCGAUGAGCUCUGCUAGCGUUAAGCCAGCCUCACCAGCACUUCCAAGAUGGAGCUCUGGCGGGGACUUCACAAUGGAUGAAGAUAUGGCACGGAUACUGGGUGGAACAGAGGAAAGCUCCCAGUCGAUCCUUCGACGUGUCUCAAAUGCCGUUCGUCACGGAAGGACUGCAAGUGAGGUCAGCAAUGGUCGUCAAUCCGGACACGGACGGAGUUUCAGCGAAACCACUCGGACAAGCCAAUCGCCGCGCUGGCCCUCAAUUCCAAUCACUGAAGAUCCGAGUGCCGCUCAAAUCAGCAGUCCAAUAUCAGUCCACACUCCUCACUCCGCUCAUGAUCCAGCGCUAUUGCGACGACAACUUAGGAACUCGGAACAACGGGUAGCAGAGCUUGAGCGUCAAUUCACUAACGAGAAAGACCUGAACACUCUGAACAAGAAGCUGAUGGAGAAGCGCAAGACUGUAUCGGUUUUGGACUCUCAAACAGAGAUUAUGAUUCGCCAACUGGAAGUCUUGGCCGGAUACGUGGAGCGAGCCACAGACUCGGAAGAACCAAUCAAUAUUCCGGAGCUGGAGGAUUCUUGUAUCAAGGACUUUGUUGAAAAGCUCGAGCAACUGAAGCAUGACAUGUCAGGUGCUGUGGAGUCUCUUUACGAGGAACGAAAUGAUCUCUUGGAAGAGAAGAAUCACAUUAUAGCCGAUCGCGAUCGAGCUUUGAUCGAGUUUGAGCAGCUUUCCUCGAAGAAUGCCCAGCUUGCAGAUAUGAACAAUGAUCUAACUCACCAGAUUCAAGAACGAUUCAAGGCACAAAGCGGCAAUGGCUUUGAUGGCCCGAGACCGCUGAUGAAUGGCUUGGGAAUCUACACUAACCAUAACAAAGACAAGUCAAUUGCCUCAAGUAUCUCGGCUCCUUUGGAUGACGCAAGCCUCCGACCAGCUGCUAGUAGCACAGCAACUAUGCAUGGCUCGGCAGGGUCCGUCAACUACUACCCGCAGGCUAUGGAGCAGGAUCCAAUUAUGGAACCAGCUACAGUUCUCUCGGCACCCCAUGUAGUCAACAUCCGGAAGGGUCAAGCUAAGAAGUUCAAUUGGAAGAAGGGGGGGCAGACAGUUGCCAAGGGUGUUACCAAAGGUUUCAAGGGCGCAUUCGCCUCCGUGCAACAGGAACGAUCGCAAAACUGGCAGGGUCAGACCGGCGACAGUAUUGGGCUACCUUACAACAUGACUGUCCAGGCUGUUGAGACCGCCGGGGGAUCAUCUGGCAGUCUUCCGAGGUCGACUUCCAACGAUCCUUCUAGACAAGGUGGCUUUGGUCUGUUCAAGAAGUCAAAUACCAUGCCCAAAUCCGUGUCAAAUGACAACAUUCCCGCCGCCGAGCCUCCUUCUACACUGUUCGGGUCGGAACUAGUGGAACGGGCCGAUUACGAACGUCGACAGAUUCCUAGCGUCGUGACUCGCUGCAUUGAAGAAGUUGAGUUGCGUGGAAUGGAUGCCGAGGGAAUUUACCGAAAAACCGGAGGUAGCGGACAAGUCAAGAUCGUGCAGGAAGGAUUUGAACGGACGGAUGACUUCGAUGUCUCCGACCCCGAAUUGGAUAUUACUGCCGUCACCAGUGUUCUCAAACAGUACUUCAGGAAACUUCCAACGCCUCUCUUGACCUUCGAUGUUUACGACCGGAUUCUGGAAUCAAUCACCAUCGACAACGCCAAUGAGCGAUGUGCGCACUUGAAGAAGACUUUCGGUAUGCUGCCCGACAAGCAUCGCGACUGUCUUGAAUUCUUGAUGUUCCACUUGUCCCGGGUCGCAACAAGAGAAAGCGAGAAUCUGAUGACACCUAAAAACCUCGCAGUUGUCUUUGCACCAACCAUCAUGCGAGACCACAGUCUGGAGCGCGAAAUGACCGACAUGCACAACAAGAAUAUCGCAAUGCAGUUCAUCAUCGAGCACAGCCACCAGAUCUUCGGUCAAUAA